AUGAUGCAGAUAGUUGAAUAUGAUGUUUGUUUUAGAGAGUUUGAUAAUAUUACAAAACAACUUUGUAAUUUCACAUCUUCUGAGACAAAAAUUUCUGUUGAAAAGACAAUUGAAUAUUUCCAUCAUUGUUUUGAAGUAUAUGUCAUUAUCAACCAACAAGGACUUAGAAUUCAAACAGGGAAACUAGAUUCUAAUGUUGAAUUAUUAGAAGAGUAUAUUAAUGAAAUACGGAUUCCAUUAUUUUUCAGAGAUUUAAUUCGUGAAAUGGCACGUCCUAUGAUUACACCUCAUAAACAAAUUUAUAUUCCACGAGUAUUGGAAAUAUCAGGUAGAAAAAAAUAUCGAAAAUUAAAAGAACAAGAAGAAUUAAUUGAUAAACUUAGAUUUGAUAUAAAUUUGAGGAAACUUUCUUGGGAUAAUUUAGAAAUUGAAGAAAUCGAACCUGCUAAAUUUGGAAUGUAUCAUGAUGAAAAAAAUCUUAUAUCUUCAUUUAAUAAAUUACCAGAGUUUAGAUUUUGGACAAUUGCAAUUUUGAAACAUAUACGAUUUAAUCAAUUCAGAUUGAAUUAUUGUAAAGACAACUGGGUGGAAUUGGAUAAAGGAAGUGAUGAACCAUUUCAAAAGAUGCAAAAGGCAAGCCAAAUAUUUAAAGAAACAAAUUUGAUAAGUGGAUUUUGUGUAUAUCGAAAUAAUGGUAAAGUUACCAUUAAUUCAUUAUCAUUGUUAGGAAGCAAAGUUGACACAAGAGAUUUUCAAUUAGAUUUUAACGAUCGUUUUCCAACAGAUUCAAAGUUUUCUUCUUUAUCACAAUCAAAGUAA